GGUUAAGAUGUAGUUAGACAUAACAAUGAAGUCCUAUAACUGGUAAAUACUAGUGAUAGAAAUUAGUCAGGUAACCAGCUCAGGCCGAAUCUCUAUUUAUAUACAUGUUUUCAUACAAAGGAAACAAAGAAACCUAAGAAAUCACAACGUAAGUUUGCUUUAGAGGCAGAGCUGAGAGGCACCAUGGAGAAGCAGUUGCAUUUGCUUGCGAUGUUUCUGUGGGUAAAUUUGCUUAUGUGGGGAGUUAGUGCCGGAACUGAAAAGGUAGUAGAAAGGAAAGCAGCCGAAAAAGAAAUAUCAGCAGUGGGUGAUCCAGGAAUGGAAAGAGAUGGUUUAAGAGUGGCCUUUGAAGCUUGGAACUUUUGCAAUGAAGUUGCAUAUGAAGCUCCUGGCAUGGGAAGCCCCAGAGCUGCUGAUUGUUUUGAUAUUGCAAAUUCAACUCUGAUACACAAGGUAUCAGAGGCUGAUAACAGACUUGGGAUAGGCCAAUCAUUCAAAGGACUGACUCUAAAUGCACUGCACAGCCCAGAUCUAUAUGCAGUUGAGAAGGAGUUAUAUUUAGGUUCUUUAUGUGAAGUUUCAGAAAAUUCAAAGCCAUGGCAUUUUUGGAUGGUUAUGCUAAAAAAUGGCAACUUUGACACAAGGACCAGUUGGUGUCCUGAAAAUGGGAGAUUCGUGCCUCCUUUUACUACAACGAGGUUUCCUUGCUUUGGAGAAGGGUGCAUGAAUCAGCCCACUUUUAAUCAUCAACCGACACAACUCUUAGGUGACGGAACAAUGAGAGGAUGGUUCAAUGGAACUUAUGAUUUGGAUUCUGAUAUUGGGAAAGGACUUGACAAUAUCUCCUUUUAUGAGGUGGUUUGGGAGAAGAAGCUUGCUUCUGGAAGUUGGGUCUUUAAGCAUAAGCUCAAGACUUCAAAGAAGUACCCAUGGUUGAUGCUAUACCUCAGAGCUGAUGCAACCAAAGGAUUCUCUGGAGGCUACCAUUAUGAAACAAGAGGAAUGCUCAAUACCCUCCCAGAGUCUGAUUUUAAAGUCAGGUUCACUUUGGAUGUAAAAAAAGGAGGAGGACCCAAGAGCCAGUUCUACCUGAUAGAUAUCGGCAGCUGCUGGAAGAAUAAUGGUAAGCCUUGUGAUGGAGAUGUGCUCACAGACGUUACACGAUACAGUGAGAUGAUCGUCAAUCCAGAUGUUCCAGAUUGGUGUAGCCCGACCGCUUUGGGCAACUGCCCACCAUACCAUAUUACUCCAGACAACAAAAAGAUUUACAGAAAUGACACUGCCAAUUUCCCAUAUGGUGCUUAUCACUACUACUGUGCUCCUGGCAAUGCUAAACACUUGGAGGAACCUGUUAGCCUUUGUGAUCCAUACAGCAAUCCUCAAGCGCAAGAAAUAGUUCAGUUGCUGCCUCACCCCAUAUGGGCUGAAUAUGGCUACCCAACCGAAAAGGGACAAGGCUGGGUUGGGGAUCCAAGAACUUGGGUGCUCGACACCGGAGGCCUAGCCAGUAGACUCUACUUUUAUCAGGUAUUGCGUAUAACUUAUCUGAGAACGCGUUACUGCGAAAUAAUCUUGUUCCUUGUUGACCGUUUAUGGCUCUUUUUUCAAUUUCAGGAUCCAGACACCCCUCCUGCUAAAAGAAUAUGGACAUCUAUCGACAUGGGUACAGAAAUUUUUGUCAGUGACAAAGAUGAAGAGGCAGAAUGGACCCUUAGUGACUUCGAUGUUCUUCUCAUGUGAUUGUUUAUUCAAGCGUUUCACCUUCCAUUUAUUAUUUAUUUUCGUUGUUUUUAGCCUCUUAAUUAGGAAGAGCUUGUGAUGCCAAUUAUUCAAGAGUGCAAGGAUAUAGUAGCCAAUCAAGCUCGAAGGGCUUGGUUCUUCUAAUCCUGAAAGUUUGUUCAUUUCAUUACCUUACUCUAGGAAAUCAAAUUCGAAGCUUCAUGGACCAUAAAUUACUUAUUAAUUGCAUCUUUGGGACUUUCGGAAGUUAAGUUUUGCUUAAGAAAUGGCUUGUUUGCAGAAAAUUGAGUGCUUUUUUUUUUUUUUUAUUGUUUAGAAAGUGACUAAUUAACCUGAUUGUUCCUGACAUACAAACGAACCUCCCAUGGUGGUUCCAAAUUCCAAUUAUGGGUGUUUUUGACAA